UCGCAGGCGCACUCUGCGCAAAACCUCCCCAGAAAUCAGAAUCAGCAAUAAACCCACACCGGAAAAUGGCCGGCAGUUCAACGCGAAGCAGCACUCGGAGUAGAGGCAAGCCCUCCGCAGACGCCGUUGGUGAUGAGUCAGUCCACAGAGUAAGUACGAACGCUAGACCUCGAAGUUAUAGAGGCAGAGACCAAAGCCUCAUUCGAAUUACAAACGUGAGCAGCAAAGUUUUCCUUGGGUUUGGAAUCCUGUUCUCCUCGAUCGCCCUCUUUUUCAUUUUCCGAUUGGUAAAUACUAAUGAAGAGCCGGAAAAGCCCAGGGUUAUCACGCCAUUUCCCGCUCCCAAACUCAUGGAACUUCCCAUGUUUCAAGGGGAGCACAAGGAGAGCUUGUAUUGGGGAACCUAUAGACCUAACGUUUAUUUUGGGAUUCGUGCACGGACCCCACAGUCUUUGAUUGCUGGUUUGAUGUGGAUUGGUAUUACGAAUGGAAGGUAUGCCAUGCGACACAUCUGCCAAGAUUCAGAUGAGCUUAGGACAUAUGGAUGGACAGAGCAUAAUGGACGGGAUUAUGGACAUCAAAUUUUGGUUGACCAAGAUAUGACCUUGAAAACAAGUUUCCUCAAGUCCAAGGAGCAUGGGAGCAGCUAUGGUGGAGACUGGGCUGUCCGAAUUGAAGUGGAAAAUGAUGAAGUAAACCUUAGUGAGGAAAUGUCAAAAACUGUGCAUCUGUUCUUCUAUAUGGAUGAUGAAAGUGGAAAUGCACUAAAUUUGGGUAGCAGAGCCACAGAUGUAGAUGAUGAAUCUAUCCUAGCAUCUGGAUAUCGGAGUGAUGUUGGCAAUUGGCAGCUACUUUUAAGUACUGAGGAUGAAUUUGAAUUUCACUAUUCUGGGUUCAAGACACCUUUUGUCCAUAAUUUAUCUGAUCUUGUCCAAUCAAAUCUUGGGAUCCAAGCAAGGAAGGUGGGUCGCUUGCAGCUUUCAGAUACAUCAGAAGGGUCAUCAAACAUCUUAGUGUUUCAGCUCUCUGGUAGGAUACCUUUCAAGGCAGAUAUCAUUUUCCAGUCUGGAACUCUUGCGCAAAAAGAGCGUGCCAUCAGUCUUGCAGGUGCCUCAUUGACCAAUAAAUUGAGUGAGAAGCAAAAAGACUAUGCUGACAAAUUCGAAAGGUGCUUCAAUCUUGGUGAUGAGCUUGAUUCUGGAUCUGUGACAGUGGGUAAGGCUGCACUUGCCAAUCUGCUUGGUGGUAUAGGGUACUUUUACGGGCAGUCACAAAUUGCACUCCCAAAUCGCCCUGAUAAAAAGCAUGGUGAUGACGUUAUUUCAUAUUGGCCAGCUGAGCUCUAUACAGCAGUUCCAAGUCGUCCCUUUUUCCCCAGGGGAUUUUUGUGGGAUGAGGGUUUCCAUCAGCUACUGAUCUGGCGUUGGGAUAUCCAUAUUUGCUUGGAUAUUAUCGGACACUGGCUAGACCUAAUGAAUAUUGAUGGAUGGAUUCCACGUGAGCAAAUUUUAGGUGCUGAAGCUUUAAGUAAGGUCCCAGAGGAAUUUGUUACCCAGCAUCCAACAAAUGGGAAUCCUCCAACAUUGUUCCUAGUUUUACGCGACCUUAUUUGCAGCAUUAAGGCCAAGAAGUUUGCUGCUGGUGAGAGGAAAGAGAUAUCAAUCUUCUUUGAUCAAGCAUUUGUCCGUCUUGAAGGAUGGUUUAAAUGGUUCAAUACCACACAAUCGGGAAAGGCUGUGAGCAGCUAUUUUUGGCAUGGAAGAGACAAUAAAACUAUUCGUGAAUUAAAUCCAAAGACUCUAUCUUCUGGACUAGAUGAUUAUCCCCGUGCAUCACACCCAAGUGAAGAUGAACGCCACUUGGAUAUUAGAUGUUGGAUGCAUCUUGCUGCAGAUUGCUUGCAUUCGAUUUUAGAAUUUCUUGAGAAGGAAAAUGAACAUGGAAAGGAGUAUAGGUCCACAGCUAAGCUGCUUUCUGAUUUUCAGCUUUUAAAUGAGAUGCACUUUGAUGAUGCAUAUGGAGCUUAUUUUGAUUACGGGAAUCAUACAGAAAACGUUCGAUUAAGUUGGCAAGUUGUGGAGACAGUUAACGGUCACCCAAGUAGAGAGCUUAUUCGAGAAGUUUUAGAGAAACCCGUGUUGAGACUGGUUCCUCAUGUUGGCUAUGUCAGCCUUUUCCCACUGAUGGAAAGGCUUAUUCCACCUGGAUCCUGGAUACUAGAAAAACAACUUGACCUCAUUUCAAACAGAAGCACUUUAUGGACAAACUUCGGGCUGAGGUCUCUUUCGAAAACGAGCUCAAUUUACAUGAAACGAAAUACCGAGCAUGAUCCACCAUAUUGGAGGGGGCCUAUAUGGAUGAACAUGAAUUAUAGGAUUCUCUCUGCACUUCACUACUACUCCAGAGAGGAUGGACCAUACAGACAACGUGCCAAGGCGAUAUAUGAUGAUUUGAGGAACAACUUGAUCAGGAAUGUGGUUAAAAACUACCAUCAGACUGGUUACUUGUGGGAGCAGUAUGAUCAGCAGAAGGGAAAGGGAAAAGGUGCACGCGUGUUCACUGGUUGGACAUCUUUGGUGGUAUUGAUCAUGGCAGAAAAAUACAAUGAAUGUUGAGAAUAUUCAUAAUUGCAUUAAUGUGAAAACCAAAAAACAAAAAACAAAUUAAUACGAAAACCCAAAACAGUGUCACCUGAAGGAUCAUCAAGUAUUAUCUGUGGUUCAAUAACUGGAAGGGCAGCUUCUUGGUGGGGAGUUUUCAUUGUUGUUCAAGGUUCAAAAGAAAGCCAAAGAGGAAAGCCAGCUAAGGUCCUAUCCAUUGUUAUGUAAUAGCUAAAUUUGCAAUUUUGGCUACAAAAGAUGUAGCGACAAAACUGCAGACUGUUGCAUUUGUAUUAUUACCAUCUGUGCCAAAAAAACUCUCGUAGAUUGGGAAAAUAGGGUUAAUAAAAAUAUUAUUGUUAUGAAACAACUAAAUGAAUUGAUAUGGAUGUCCAUUUCCUUCUCUUAGAAGGUCGGUACAUGUAUCUCUCCUAAGAGCAUGUGGUACAUUUUAUGGAACAACUCAGUUUAUGCACAAGCAUUAAAGAUA